UUGCAUGUGAACCUAAAGUUUCUGCUAACAAUUUUAGUUUAAUAUUAAUAAAAUUAUUAUUAUAAUAAACCGAAAGUAAUAACUAGUAACGACUUGUGGUUAUAUAUUUGUAUUAAACCAUAUAUUUAAUAUAUGAAUAUUGUUAUAAAUAAAUGCGCAGUGAUGGCUGUUACUUAUGUUUUAUUAAGUUUUGGUAUGCUGAUAUGUGCGUUAGCAAACGUUGAAAAGAAUAAUCACGAUGAAAUCGAUCAUGUCAUAGAUAUGUUACUGAAUGGAGAAUAUGAUAAUGAAGAAAUGAAAUCUAAUGAAAAUAUCGAUAAACAGGAUCACGAAGAAGCUGUAGAUGUUGUACCAAUGUUAUACCCUGACGGAAUAUGGAAAUGUGGCGACUGUAGAAAUAUGGAGAAUAUGAAACUAUUGUACUCCGAAGUUUAUGACCGGGAUGUCAAUUACGAUGAUUAUGAAGAAGAUGUCUACAUGAAAAUGCAGAUUGGGCUUUCAUUGUCUAACAUGCGUUGCAUCACGAUGGAGUCUGAGGAAGACAAUAUGGACGUGUGGAUAGUGUCCGGCGCGUGUUCUGGCGACCAAGUCACUAUAAGCGUCAUCCGAGCCUCUCACUUUGUCAUAUCUGUUUAUGGCUAGACUGGAUUUGGCCCGCGAGGAUUUAAGUUUAAAAAAGAAGUUGUUGAGGGUCGUAACCCCUUUCCAUUUAUCACAAUGUAAAUGUAAGAGUUUCCUGCUAGUACUCGUAGUAGGGUAGGACUAUGCGAUGGUUUUAGGGCUCCUUCAGCAAAUGUUAAGAGUACCUCAAUAAAAGUACAAAAAUAAAAAAUAAACUUUAAUAAAUUCCAAUAAUAAAAUAUGAUAGAAGAUAAAAAAAUUAUUAUUUUAUGUAUUUAUGUAGAAACAGUGCAAUUUUAUUUUUCUAAUCCACUACUUACAUAAAUUAUUAUAAUGAUCAUUAGAAAUUAUCACAGUAAAAUAACUUAUACUUAGCUAUUAUAAUAUAAUAAUUACA